UUUUCUUUAAGAUUCAGUGUUCUGAUGUGUCUUUGACCUCUCGAUUUUGCUCUUUUUCUUAGCUUCUAGAACUCGCUGUUGUUUCAGCACUCUCUCACAGUUCCUAACCAGAAUUUGUAUCUACAUGUUCUAACUAGGCCUUAUAGCAUGUCAUGAAAAAAAUGUUUGUCCAAGAAAUGCAAGUAUAUAUAGUGUAUUUUUCUAGUUCUUUUCUUCUUCUUAAGUAUGUGUGUGAACUGGGUUUAUAUCAGCAUGCAAGAUUAAUUUUCAGAAGAAAACUUAAGUAGCCUUAAAAAAUCCAUGCAAAAUGUUUGAUUUCCUUCAGCAACUCCGUACUCACUUGUAAUUUAAAUUAAGUUCUUGCAACACAACUGUGUUUCUUUGCUCAAGAGAAGGAAAACUUGUUUUUCUGGUAGGUGUGGCUGCUGUUACUGACAUUAGAAGAGCAACGGCUAUGGGAAAUAAAAUGUGCCAGGAAGUAUCUUAGAUAAGGCAGCAUAAAUUACAAGGAUAAAGAAAUUUGCAUGGACAUUUAGAUCCGUUCAAAAUGAUGUGUGCUGGGAAAAAAUCUUACUUUGCUGCUGCUGUGUGCAUUAUGACUGUAACUUCAAUGCUUGCAGUUUCUUAUCUGAAGUUACAGAGACCUUCUCAUCAGCCAAAAGUAAUUCAAGAAGGUAGAAGAUGUAGAGGGAAAAUUGCCAUUAGCACAAUAACAGCAUUAGAAGGUAACAAAACUUUUAUUAUAUCCCCAUACUUUGAUGACAGAGAAAGCAAAGUCACUCGUCUGAUUGGGAUAGUUCAUCAUGAAGAUGUAAAACAACUGUACUGCUGGUUCUGCUGUCAGGCCAAUGGACAGAUAUAUGUAUCAAAAGCAAAAAUUGAUGUUCACUCAGAUAGAUUUGGAUUCCCUUAUGGUGCAACAGAUAUAGUUUGUUUGGAACCUAAAAAUUGUGAUCCAACACAUGUAUCAAUUCAUCAGUCUCCAUAUGGAAAUAUUGACCAUCUGCCGAGGUUUGAAAUUAAAAAUCGCAAGCCUGAGACCUCUUCUGUUGACUUCACCGUGUGCAUUUCUGCCAUGUUUGGUAACUACAACAAUGUCUUGCAGUUUAUACAGAGUAUGGAAAUGUAUAAGAUUCUUGGAGUACAGAAAGUGGUGAUCUAUAAGAACAACUGCAGCCAUCUGAUGGAGAAAGUCUUGAAGUUUUAUGUAGAAGAAGGAACUGUUGAGGUAAUUCCCUGGCCAAUAAACUCACACCUCAGGGUUUCUUCUUCAUGGCGCUUCAUGCAAGACGGGACACACAUUGGCUACUAUGGACAAAUCACAGCUCUAAAUGACUGUAUAUACCGUAACAUGGAAAGGAGCAAGUUUGUGGUCCUUAAUGAUGCUGAUGAAAUAAUUCUUCCCCUUAAACACCCAGACUGGAAAACAAUGAUGAACAGUCUUCAGGAAGAAAACCCAGGGGCUAGUGUUUUCCUCUUUGAGAACCAUAUCUUCCCAGAAGCCGUAUCUUCUCACACGUUCAACAUUUCAUCUUGGAAUACUGUGCCGGGAGUUAACAUAUUACAGCAUGUAUACAGAGAGCCUGACAGGAAAAAUGUAAUGAAUCCCAGGAAAAUGAUAGUUGAUCCACGAAAGGUGAUCCAGACUUCAGUCCAUUCUGUCCUACGUGCUUAUGGGAAGAGUGUGUAUGUUCCCAUGGAUGUUGCCCUCAUUUAUCACUGUCGGAAGGGCCUUCAGGGAAACCUUCCCAGAGAAUCUCUCAUCAGGGAUACAACACUGUGGAGAUAUAACUCAUCAUUAAUCAUGAAUGUUAACAAGGUUCUAUCUGAAACCAUGCUGCAAACUCAAAAUUGAAACCUCAGUUAUAAGAAGUGAAAGUGGAGGGCUACCUGUAUUGUGGGAAGACAGAGGAUAUAAUUUAAAAAUCACAUUACAUUGAUUUUCACAUGGAGUCUACAUUUUUCUGCAAUGAUUUAGGGAAUAUAUAGCAAAGCCAUGAAUCGCUUAAUGAUGAUACCAAGGGUCAAUGCAGAUUGUAGCAUCUCUUCUGGGAAAUGUAUAAUUUGUUUUCAGUUAAUAACAAAAAUCAGUAUUUGUCAACUGAUUCAAAUAAUGCAAAAUAGUUUUCAACCUAUGUACAAAAAAUUCAAAUACAAUCAUUAGUAUAAAGGUAGCAUUGCUUAAUUAUUGCAGUUUGUAUGUCACUGGGUACUAAAUUUGUAUGGAUCAAUUUGAAUUAAAGGUAGACGAGUAAUUGAGUACAAUCUU